AUAUACAUUCAUGUGAUCUUUUACUCGUACAGUAUGAGCUUCUAAGCUACCCUUAUCCUUCAUUUCGCCAACAAUAUGUUAAGAGAUAUAACUGUAUAAGGAGAAUAGCAUUGAGAAACAGUUUUGUCAAAAGAUUGAUUGAAAAUAGUGGAAAAUGCUGAAGCAACACCUUAUUGCCUUCGUUUUUGUCUCUUGCAUGCCAUUCCUCCAAACCAUUUACUCUCAAUCACUCAGCAGUAAGUUGUCCAACGGUGUACUCCUCAGCAAUGAUGCGUCAGGGAAGUAUGCAGUCAUAAUUGAUGCUGGAAGUACUGGCAGCAGAGUCCACGUCUUGCACUUUGAUAGAAACUUGGAUUUGGUUCAAAUUGGCCAAGAUUUUGAGUUUUUUGAAGCGAUAAAACCAGGGCUGAGUUCAUAUGCAGAUGACCCUGAAGCUGCUGCACAAUCUCUUAAGCCCUUGCUUGAAAAAGCUGAAGCAAUUGUCCCAAAAGAAUUUCGUGCUAAUACUCCUGUUAAAGUUGGGGCAACUGCAGGUCUUAGACUGUUGAAAGGUGACUCCUCAGAAAAGAUUUUGCAAGCGGUAAGAGAUUUGUUGAAGAAUGAAAGUUCACUCAAGUACAAGGCAGAGUGGGUGACAAUUCUUGAAGGUUCACAGGAAGCUGCCUACAUAUGGGCUGCCAUAAAUUAUCUGUUGGGAACAGCAGGCAAAAAAUACUCAGAAACUGUUGGCACAAUUGAUCUUGGUGGUGGAUCAGUACAGAUGACAUAUGCUGUGUCAAAGGAAGUAGCUCUAAAGGCCUCCAAGCUGUCCAAUGGGAAAGAAACAUAUAUUCAGGAAAAGAAUCUUCUGGGAACUACAUAUCACCUUUAUGCUUACAGUUACCUGAACUAUGGUUUACUAGCUGCUCGUGCUGAGAUUCUGAAGGUUUCAAGAAACUCGAGUCAUCCAUGCAUACUCUAUGGUUACCAUGGAUACUAUACCUACGGAGAUGUUGCCUAUAGAGCUUCAGCUUUUCCGACUGGUCCAAACAUGAAGAAAUGCAGGGCAUUUGUUCUGAAGGCACUUAAGAUCAAUGCCCCCUGCAAGCACAAGAAAUGCACGUUCAACGGUGUCUGGAAUGGCGGUGGUGGAGAUGGACAGAAGAAUCUGUAUGUCGCAUCAUUCUUCUAUGACAGGGCUUCUCAGGUUGGUGUUAUCAAGACAAAUGUACCUUCUGCUACUGCUCGUCCGCUGCAUUUCUUGAGUGCAGCCAAGCGUGCUUGCAGGACAAAGUAUAAAGAUAUCAAAUCUGUAUUUCCAAACAUCAAUGAAAGUGAUAGGCCAUUCACAUGUUUGGAUCUAGUUUAUGAGUACUCAUUGCUUGUUAAUGGAUUUGGUCUGAAUCCUUUCAAAAAGAUUACACUGGUGAAAAAAAUCAAAUACAAAGAUUCCCUUCUUGAAACAGCUUGGCCACUGGGAUCUGCCAUUGAUGCUGUUUCAUCACAAAAUUGAAAGCAAAGAUUCGGAGACCUGACUGGAAAUUUCAGCUGACAAAGUCAAAGCAUGCUAGAUUUGGAGCAAGAAAUGAGUACUCUCUUGAUGACUUGAUGUACUUGGGGCCCAUGACCGAGCAAGAUAGAGUAAAGGGAAUCUGGCGACAUGUUUCUUCGUUGAUUCUUUGACAUUAACAUGUCUAUCUAGCAUGAUUUCUUUUCGUGUUAAUCACAAACACCCCCACCCCCC